CCAGCCGCGGCUUCUUAAUCCUCCUCGGUCCAGUUGCAAUGUGGACGCGGAAGGGAGAGGAGCUGGAAGGAGUGGAAGAGAGCCAGAGGGAGGAGGACGACGACGAAGAAGAAGAAGAAGAAGACGGAGAGGGUCUACUGCCUGGGAAGAGGUGAAAGCCACGUGAUCCCUGAAGAGUCCACUGACUUUUUUCCCCCAGUGCAAGUACUGGACAAGUUCACAGUGUAAGCCUGUCUGGAGUCGUCUUGUUGCUUUAAAUAAAACUCUUCAUUGCCUCAUGUAAAGUGAGAGAUCUCCUUUCUGAGAAGGUGGAUGGCUCUUCCGACCGCACACUGGUAACCAAGCUGUCUCUUAAGAAGUGUGAAAGGGGAGUUGGAAAAAGUGAGGACAAAAGCAAGAUAUUAACCAAGCCUCUCGUAAUCAUUUGGAACCCCAUCAAAGCACAGCAUUCAUGACAGGAUUACAUGUUUCUGUUGGGGAGAAAAGAAGAAAUUAACUGGACAAUUUUAUUUCUCAUUUCUCUGAUCUUUCAAACUUUCUGGAGGGCCAGAACUGCCUGAGAAUCUGAAUAAACCAUAUUCUUUUCUUCUUUUGUUUGCUUUUUUUAAAGCUAGAAUCCAAAGUUAUUUCAAACUGGUUUUAAAGACUCUUAGUUUACCAAGUGCCUUCAUGAAGUAUUUUUCUCCACUAACUCUGAAGAGCAGCUGAACUGUUCCUGGCAACUUCAGUAAGAACUGGGCCUAAAACCAACAAGGCACACAUUUGGAAAUAUGAUGCUCCAGAAAGUUAUAAACCAAAACUAAAAACUAAAGAGUAUUUUAUAUUGUGUACCAAGAAUUUUUGCCUGGGCGUAAACCUCCAGGAAAGGCAAACCAGAGUGGUUUUGAUUUCACUUGAAGCUCUUGUGGUUUGGCUCUGUGGCUGGUGUCUCCAAUUCUGAAUUGUGCUUCAUGGGGAUUUUUGCUAGGGGAGCAGAUCUUGCAGCAAAGGGCAGCAUUGUGGGCCUGGGGGAUUUGACAUCCAUAUGCCAAAAGGCAGGUGGUCUGAACCCCAGAACAAAAGGCUUUUUCUCCAACAGUUGUCUUCUGUAGUACAUUGAGGACUGAAGACUAGAGCAAAAUAUGUCAUCCAAGCUAGAACAAAAAGAGGCUCAUCACCCCAAUGGAGUCGUGCUGCCCAUUGUCGUUGGACCUAUAGAUUGUCUCUCUAGCCCUGACCGAGAGCAUCUUGUUGAAUCCUCCGAGUUUUUAGAACCUGAAGAAGAAGGAGGAGUGGAGGUGGUAGUGAUAGAAUCCCGAGCCAAUGCCAAAGGGGUAUGUGAGGAGGAUGCUUUGCUAGAAAACGGCAGUCAAACUACUGAGAGUGAUGAUACCAGUAUGGAUCGGGGCCCAGAACCAACUUCUCCACUAAAAGAAACAUCUUUCUCCAUUGGACUGCAAGUCCUUUUUCCUUUCCUGCUGGCAGGAUUUGGGACAGUAGCUGCUGGAAUGGUCCUGGACAUUGUGCAGCACUGGGAUGUCUUCAAGUAUGUGACUGAAGUAUUCAUCUUGGUUCCAGCACUUCUGGGAUUGAAGGGCAACUUGGAGAUGACGCUGGCUUCUCGACUUUCUACAGCUGCUAACAUUGGACAAAUGGACACUCCCAAAGAACUCUGGAAGAUGAUAAUAGGGAACAUGGCUUUAAUACAGGUUCAAGCAACAGUGGUUGGUUUUCUGGCCUCUAUUGCUGCGGUGGUAUUUGGCUGGAUUCCAGAUGGACACUUCAUCAUGAGCCAUGCAGUGCUUCUUUGUGCCAGCAGUGUGGCAACAGCCUUUAUAGCCUCCCUUGUGCUGGGUAUGAUCAUGAUUGGUGUAAUAAUUGGCUCCCGAAAGAUGGGCAUCAACCCUGACAAUGUGGCUACACCUAUUGCUGCCAGCCUUGGUGACCUCAUCACUCUUGCUCUCCUUUCUGGGAUCAGCUGGGGGCUCUAUAUAGAAUUGGAGGACAAACCCUAUGUGAAUCCCCUAGUUUGUGCCUUCUUUGUUGCACUACUUCCCCUUUGGAUUAUCAUCGCCAGGAGGAAUCCAGCAGCCCGGGAGGUCCUGUACUCUGGUUGGGAGCCAGUCAUCAUUGCCAUGGCUAUUAGCAGUGUAGGAGGAUUGAUAUUGGGGAAAACUGUGUCAGAUCCAAACUUUGCAGGGAUGGCAGUCUUCACACCAGUUAUAAAUGGUGUGGGUGGCAACCUAGUAGCUGUCCAGGCUAGCCGCAUCUCUACUUAUCUCCAUAUGGGUGGAAUGCCUGGGGAGAGUUCAGAAACAGUCUCUCGCAAAUGUCCAAGCCCUUGCAGCACUUUCUUCAGCUCAGAUGUGAACUCCCGAUCUGCUCGAGUGCUCUUUCUCCUGGUAGUACCUGGCCACUUGGUUUUCCUUUACACCAUCAGCUGCAUGAGAGCUGGUCACACAACACUCACCUUGAUCUUUGUCAUUUUCUACAUGACUGCAGCACUUUUACAGGUUCUCAUCCUUCUUUACAUUGCUGAUUGGAUGGUCCACUGGAUGUGGGGCAGAGGCAUGGACCCUGACAAUUUUUCUAUACCAUAUUUGACAGCGCUGGGUGACUUGCUUGGGACUGGUCUCCUGGCACUCAGCUUCCAUAUCCUCUGGCUCAUUGGGGACCGGGACACAGAUGUGGGGGACUAAAACAAAUCCUUUCUCAGCUUCUUCACUCCCCUGUAUGUUUCCUUCAGUGACAUUUCCCACCCACCCCCUUCCCCACUGCCACCAUUUUGUCUCUCUUUGGGACUUUAACUUUGAUACUGGAUUCUCAUUAUUUUCAAUGGGAAUUUUAUGUGGUUUCUAUUUCAAGCAACGUUUGUACAGAAAAAAAAUAGUUUUAGGAAGGAUGAAAGAAAAAUGUGGAAAGACAAUCACCAAGUGCAAUUUUAUAAUGGUUUAUAUGUAGGAUACAGUAGCAAACAAUUGAUCAACAGACUUUAAGGAAACCCCACUUUCCACAUUCUGCACCCCCUUAAUACACUAGAUAUAAAAGUGUGUGUGUGUGUGUGUGUGUGUGAGAGAGAGAGAGAGAGAGAGAAUAUUUGAAAUGCAGUACAGGUUUGCUUUGAUGUUAAACUCAUCACAGAAAUUUCUCACUUGUCACAUUUGGGUUCUGAAAUUGAUUAAAUGGUUUGGAAACCCACUCCUUGUCUAUACUAAUAAUUAGUCCAAUCACAAAACAGGACUUCAUGGCUUUGUAAACAAAUCAAAGCUAUUAGUAGGUAACAAAAUCAGUCGCUAUGCUGGGGUCCAUUUCACACUAUGCUGUUGAAUGGAAAUGUUUCUUUGAACUUUGAAGCUAGGUAUACUUGAAUAAUGGCCUAGAAGAGCAUGUGUGGGGAAAAAGUGGCCCAUUGGGUGCACACAGCUCACCCAAUCUGUUUCCAGCCCCUAAAACAUAUGUUAAAAAAUGAGGGGAGGAUUUUCUGGUCUCCAUAUGGUUGAAAACUGCUGUAAAAUGCAGUGGUUUUGCUCUCCAGGCCUUCUACACCCCCUGGAAAAACAACAACAAAUCUGCCAGAAACAACAGUGGAAAUGAUGUUAUUUCCAGUCCCAUCAGGUUUACUGGUGCAGCUCCUGGAAGGGCUGAUGGAGUGAACAUGACCUUCUCCUCCUCCACAGUUGCCCACCCCGAUCUAGAGCUACUCAUCAUUCCAAAUGUGUUCUCAACUGAUAAGAUCAUGAAAGCCUGGCUUGAGAAGAUAUGCUUAUACCUGGUCCUUCAAACUGGCUAUGUUUCUAUGUGUGUUGUAGAUUUGUCAUUCUAUGUUAAUUUCUGGUCUUCCAAAAAGGCUGAGAGUCACAUGAUUUGCUCCUGUUGUACAGCAGUUAUCUCCACAGAAAUGUGGCAGUCCAUUAAAGACUGACACCUUUGCAUGCCUCCAGUUACCUGUUUCUCCCAUGGAAGAUCUUGUUUUUGUCACCUACUUUGCACUGACCUAGGUCUCCUGGAUGCCAACUCACCUAUUGCCUCUUUAAAUCCAUGCUGCUGUGUCUUAUCUGUGAAUGGCUCAUGUUGAACUGCAAAACCUAAACUAAUUAGCUUAAUAUUACGUUUUCUAAAUCUUAAUUCCAAAUGUGCAAUUAAGAUACUGAUGCUGAGCCAGACUACUAGAAUUUCAAGAAUCACAGCUUGGCAACCCUAGAGAUCUAGAGAAAUCAACACAAGAUUGUUAGGUGCACCUAAAACUGAAUAUAUUUUGGAUACUAUUUGAUGGCCAAUCGUGACUCGGAUGACCGUUCACACAGUGGGUGUUUUGGUAUUUCACUUGUAUGUGUAAAGAUUUUGUAUGAAAGGUCUGCCAGAUGGAUAUAUACUAGUCAGAUGGAUAUAUACACAGGACCUAACAGCAAGAUGUGGCUCAUAUUCAACACUAUAAAAAGCAACACUAUAACAUUUUCUUACUUGUCUGCAAUCCAAACUGGCUCCUCUGUAGGAUUAAAGUCAAAUGAUUCUAUUUUACAACUGUGAAUUUGAAGGAAUGUCCAAUUAAUAGUGUCAGACUUUUUGUCACAACAUAGUUUUUGUCUGGGAAAUAUGAUAGUUAUUUGGGUUAAAGUGUUCUUGCUACAUCUGACUAUUAGGAAGCCUAGCUUCUAAACACUUUGCAUGGUUUUGCUGACACUAUAUUGAGUUGCUAAUUUAAGAGUUCAGUCUUUGCAAGCAGCAGAGUGAGGAGUACAGCUCAGCUUCCAUAAGCAAGGAUUCCCUGUUCCCAGGUGUACUUUGUUCCCUGCACAAAAUGCAGCAAGUUUGGUCCUCUGAUACUCUAGUGCUAAUGUAGAGGAGCUCAAGAAGUGUACAAUGGAAGCCUACAACUUAGUUCCAUAAAAUGAGAUGUUGAAAGGCUAGUGAGUUAAGACACUGGACCCUGCCUGGGUAAAGGGGAUAGUUCCCAUUGCUCUGGAAUAUUAGUCAGAAUGCAUUUCAACACACACUGGUUUGGUUUUUGUUUGUGUUUUCCUUCUGCAUCAGCUUCUCUCUGAUGGUGCAUCAUGUUUAUCAUGUUUCUGUUUCUAUAAACAUUUAUCUUUAAUUCCUACAUAAUGAAAGGCUGAAGACAAGGGAAGGAAGUGGUAUUAGUGGAUUGUCUUUAAAAUAAGUAGCCUUGUAAAGAUGUCUGAGGACCUACAUUCAGCCAAAGCCUGGAGAAGUUACUGUUUUGGAUGUACAGUUCCCAGGGUCCUCCAGCCAGUAUGGCCAUUAGCUAUGCUUCCUGGAGAAUCCUGGUAGUAAUCAUUUUUUGAAAAAAAGUAAUGCAUUAAAGCUCUUGCUUUGGCUUUCUAUUUUCAGUAUACUCAAAUACUGUAUAGCCUGAAUUUCAGUUCCCUUUAGAAAAUUGCCUUGCCUUUAUACUAAGCUUUAUAUGAGGCAGCAAUUAUUUUGUUGGAUUUGAGCAGUCGUCUAAGACAACAAUUUUUUUUCUGUGUAAUUGAGAUUUGGAACUACUCUUACAGGUAGGAUUGCUACAAUUUAGAGAGUUAAUAGUGAGAAUUCAGAAAGGAAAUUAAUGUCAACAUGGUGCCUAAUGGGCUCAGUUGGGACACUGUAUUUUUAAGGCUGUAAUCCUUCAGUUGACACUAUUUUAGGUGUAGUUCUGUGACCUCAGUCAGACAUGAUCAUUGCUCUAACAUGCCAUCACAACAAAAGCCAUGGGGUACUGCUGCAAAGAAGGAUAAAUCCUUGCCUCUAGUAGUUAUUUGAAAGCAAUGGACAGUGAUGAGGAUGUUAUGGUUGCCUUACUUCGCAAAUGGCUAUUUUUGCACUGCUGAAAACAUUCUUCAAACUAAAACAGAGAAAACUUGUGGAUACAUUGUUUCUGCUAAACUGACUUUGUCAAAAAUUAUUACCUAAUGUCACUCAAAGGGGCCUAACUAAGGCUUUUAUCCUGUCUCUUCCUGGUAAACUUUUAAAAUAAGUUUCCUCUGUAUCAUGAGUUUGUUUGUACUACUGGAUGCUAACACUGUAGUAGUUUCUUUAUACAAAUUUCCAUUUGAACUUCUUUGUUCCUCAUUAUGUCCGUUUCCCUUGAUACGAUCUAUGCCUGUGCAAUGCAUCUCAUUUUAUACAUAACUCCCCUGGUCUAGGUACAAAGUUUUGCUCUUAGAUGAGGGAGCUGGCCUGCUUGUUCUGUUUGAGUGAGAUCCCUAAAUGAUGUCUUCAAAGGGGAAGGUGGGGAAGCAUAUGUGAACAGAAUGUCAUCUAAAAGCUUUGAAGAAUAGUUUUAUUCUCUCCAGUUGCACUCAAAUGCAUGUUUAUCUAGACUGGGCUGCAAAUGAAGAUGAAGCUAUUGGUAUACAUCUUUUAUUUUAAAAAAGAAAAAAGAACCGAAUUAUUUAUAGUUACUGUAACUAAAUUGAUGCCAAUUUAACUGAUAAAUUAUAUUUGGUAAAAUAAAGAUGACAUUUAUUUAUA